GAAGAAGCUUACCUCCUGCUUACAGGAAGUGUGGAGUGUCACCUGGCUAUCUGUUCGUCUGUCUGUGCUCGUUGUGUUCAUUGAAUCAAUCACAACAUACCGCUGGUCCAGAGAGCGGAUGCUGCCUUCACUUCCUCCUGGAUUCCAUCCUCCCAUUUCAGCUGAGCCUCAACUCCCUGUGUGUGCACCUGACUGUGCCUGUUGAGUGUAUGUGAGUGUGUGUGUGUUAAUUCGCUGUAGGCCUAUGUGAGUGUGUGUGUGUGUCAAUGCCUCCCCAGCCCACCAUGUCCCCGUGUCCCUCAACGCUCCAGCUGAGUCCAUCUGUGUGUCUUCGCCUCCUCUGCCUGCUGCUGCUCCUCACUGACUGCUCCUCCUCAGUAUCCAGAAGGGACCCGGUUCCGGCCGAGCCCCUAACCCAGCCCGACACAACACAAGCUAACUGCUCCACAGCAUGUGGUGUAGGUGUAAAUGCCACAGAUCUGUAUCUGAAAACUAACUCAAAAGGCAAACCGGAGGACCACUCCCUUCCCGACUUGUCUUCAUCCAACCACACAGUUAAUGACUCAAUAAACCAACUACCCAAUCAGCAGCUGGCAUCACUAGUCCAUCAGGGUCCAUCACCGGCGAUGGUCACUCAGGCUGCAGUCCCUCUUCCUUUUACAAGCACAGGCUUUUCCACACAGGUUGCUCAUACUGGACCCAUCACCAGCACUACUACAUCCACUACUAUGGAGCAUGUGACGAAUGUACACACAACCGCUUCACCGGUUACUUCUAAAGCCGCAACGUCUACAACUACGGCAACGUCUACUACAACAAGAACAUCUACCGCAGAACCAACAACUAAAGCUGCAGAACAACCUGCAACAACUGCAGACGCAACAACCACACUCACAAAAGCUAACACAAGCGUCGUUCUUCCUACAACCACAGGUACAAAGACGUCCCCUCCACCACCACCAUCAGCUGCCCCGCCACAGCCAAACGCCCCGAGCACCGGGAUGCCACCGGUUCAGACCUCUUUACCCAAAGCUCCUACGACCGUCACCAGUACCAGCGCUACCGCCGAUCGCGACAAGCCCGUCUCCUCGGGAACGAGAGUCGCCGUGGUAGACGUAGCGGGAGGCGCUCUGACCAGCCAGCUGGUGGACACGGCGUCUCUACUGGCCGUCCUGCUCUUCGGCCUGCUCUUCUUCUUGGUCACGGUGGCCGUAUUCGUCACACAGGCCUACGAGAGCUACAGGAGGAAAGACUACACCCAGGUGGACUACCUCAUCAACGGCAUGUACUCGGACUCCGGUGUGUGAGAGGGAGAGGGGGGGGCGGGGGGGGCUAAGCACAAUGCGCGGGGAUCUUUUUUUGCGCUUUGAGUCUGAGACUAUGGACUGGAUGGUAACGCGGCAAUGCUGUGAAUUCACAAGGUGAGUGUAGACAGUUCAUGGAGAAGGAGGAAUGGACUAAACUUGAGCACCAGCUCACUGAACUGACCCUGAAGCAGUCUCUGAUCUGUUCCUACCACAAAUGUUCCAGUUAACGCUUCCUUCUCUCCCUGCUUCCCUUUCUUCGAUGGUUUGAAUGUGAGGAGUUUGGCUUGUCCCAGUUUUGCCAAAUGUGGAGCAGCAAAUUAAGCGGUUACCUGGAUGUAACUCUAGUUCUAUUGGCCCUCGACACAACCUCAGUCCAGGCUGGCUGGACUAAACGGGAUGCUUCCAAGGUGAUUUAUUUACACGCAGCAGAUUUAUUUUUUAUUUCUCAUGUCUUACUGAAAAAUAUGUCAAAAUUGUUUGAGUUAUUGUACCUUUGCAGAAGAAUGUAGAGCUCAUUGAGGGCUGUCUCUUGAGAAAAAACAAAGAAAAUCGAGUUGGAACAAAUUUGAACCAACAUUCUUUUCCCACAUUCGAGCGAAUGUUCAAAUUUGGAAUAUAAAGUGAGAGCCCUAUUAAGGACCAAAGCAUAUUUGUGGAUGUUAUGUCAGAGACGUGAAUUUAAUUUCCUAGAAAUGAACUAAUUACUUCUAAUUUGAGGAAAUGAAAGUAGCAGAGAGCUACUCGUAGCCAAUAGCCGACAACAUGUCAGUCUUAUGGCCCUUGUUAUUACUGUGUGCAGCUCAACAAAGCCUCCUGCGGCGUGUUCCCUCUCAGUCAGUUCAGUGAACAGAAGACUUGUCUUUUUAAGCGUCCACUCACUUUGAGUUUAACCUCCUAAACAAAGUGGUUUAGAGAAUCUGGAUAAACUGUCGUUUACUUAUAAAUGAUGGCCGAAACUACAAUAAUGAGAUGCACGCUGUAACGCAUGCAUUAUUGCGGACUAAUCCUCUGAAUGUAGCAGGUCUGACCUGAGUGACUUCACAGGGUAGAGAGCUGGACUUGAACCAGCCUCUUCCAUACUUCACUUUAAAAUCAAAUAACCGCGUGGAAAAGCUUCACAGGACUCCACAGAGGUAGAGCAGUUUUACACAGAGGGAGAGAAUAUAUCCAUCGCCAGGAAUUAAGUUUCCCCAGAUGUGGCCCGGUGCGCCAGCGCCAAAGAAUAUUUUGUGUGUUUGGUUCAGUCGGUAGGCCAGAGAGGCACCACUGAGUCGUGUCAGUCGAGUCAACAAGUUGAUGAUUUCUUCAUCGUCCUGUCGGCCGGUUAACGUUGGCUCUGUGUUUUUCUGCCGUCUUUUUGUUUGGCAGCUGCUUCGCCAUGUUGAAGAAAAGAAAAGACGGCCGUAUUAAAACAAACAGCCUCAUUUGAUUCACUCUGAGAAUGAAUCAAAUCAAUCCUGGUCACGGUAGUUACACUUCUUUCAGGAACUUGAUCAAUGACUUCAAAUAUUUUGACAUCAGGCGCAGCAACAGCUGUUAUUCCUAAAAAAGAUUAGCCACCCUGAUUAUGUGGUCGCACUACACAAACCAUAUUAUAGCUCGGAUUGGGGACUGGAGGAAAUACUCCCUUUUUCACUGUAGCUGUCUUGAGAAAAGUUCUGGAGAUAAUAACCAAGGAGAAGACAAAAACCAUCACUUUUAGUACAUUCACAUGAAAUAUGACUGACGGUGUGUGAAGCCUCGGUUGUGCAGCAUUUCUUUAUUGUUUUGGUUUGGCUAAAACAUCUCUUCAUUUCAAGAUUAAAUCAGACAUUUUGGGAUAUCCAUGUGUUUGCUGUCAAACCCUCAGCUCUAGUGCACGGGGAGAUGCUCUCAAGUUCACAUUUGACAUGGUCACAAGCCGUCUUUCCAUUCACACAUUAUUAAGCAAAUUUUGAAGUAUGGCGGUAUGGAAAUGACAAAAUUAGAUUGGAAAAAAAAAAAUCCUCAAUUAAGCAAACAGUUUUUACGCUCGCUUGAGGCGGUGUUUGUGUAAAGCGUUCAGGCGCUACAUGGGAUACGAAAUGUUCUUGCCGAAUACAUUUUGACGUAGCGAACAUUGAACUCGCAUGACUGAUCAGCUUUCUGCUUUUGGCAUCUUCUCUGAUUUUCUCCCAAAUUUUCGUCUUCGUCUCCGGACAGCAUGAAACAUGGCCGAUACUAGUCGACAUGAAAGAACAGCUAAAACUUGCUCAAGUGAAACAAAUUCCUGAAGACCUCUCUCCAUUUCUCUAUCGCACAAUUCUCGCGGUGUCACGAGAUCACGCCAGAAUAGCGGGACCUCGUAUCAUGUGAGAAAUCAAUCGUGUCGGGCUUCAAGUAAUGCGUUUGACCUGCUGGUGCACGGACCAAUCAGCAUCCUGCGAGGCAGCUAGGGGUGUGGCUUAGUGCGUGGGAGACGACACACUUUUUUUGAAGUGCCUACCUUUUUCCAAUGACGGCUUGUCAGAUGUUUCUGUUUAACAAACCAUGUGGUGUGUCGUUAGGGUAGAUGGCCCAGGUGACUUGUUUUGUUGUUGUUGUUCUUCUUCUCUGUUUACUGGCGGAUCACAGCCAUGCGUAGCCUAAAGCGCCAACUUCUGACCAAACUACUCUGUAGCCGAGUUCAUUUGCUCCAAACCGGUCAAUACAGACGCACUAAAUGCGCAAUUCCUUUUUGCAACAUUUCCAAAGUUUGUUUAAAAUUUGCUUGACAAUUGAAUGGAAAAACGGCUGCAAUACAAGUACAAGUCCUUUUUUAUUUAAUUUAAAUAAUCCACAGCUAAGCUAAUGACAGCCCCACGAUGUCUUAACAGUUUCACACGUGUUUAGACACUGUGGUAAUAGCCUAGCUUAGCACAAAGACUGGAACACACAUUCACAUUUGAUGGAGCUUGGCGAGCACUUUCCCCUGCUCAACAAAUUCUGGGCCUGUCUCUUACUGGAGAGGUCUGUACAACAUCUUCCAGAUCUUCUCAUCCGACUGGUUCAGUGCCAAAAGAAGCCUUUCUCGCAACUGUGUCUUUUCUAUUUCAAAGUUUUACGAUUUCACUUCCAUUCCAUUAGCUUUCUUUGAUGCCAAUGACAUUUCGUCUUUUUUAUUUGAUCUUUUUGUUCAAUGUUUUUGCACACACGGGUACAGGGCCAUACUAGUUUAUUUCAAUAUAUUUUAUAAGGUUUUUUUUGCUCACGGCGAAUGUAUUUUUGAACGCUCGGCUAUUUACAAUAUGUUGUGUUGUGUUUCUUCUGUAUUAAUCUGCCGUCUGUCUACGUUCAUGACCAGCUUGUGGGUUAUAUUUUGUCCAUAAUUCCCAAACGGAGUCUUCAUGUAGCUUCAUGUUUACCUCACCAUGCAUUCUCUCGUUUUUAUAUUUCACUGAUGAACAUGGAUCCAUUCAUUCGCUUAUUUUCAAUACGUUUGUGGAGACGCGUCAUUCCUGUAAACAUUGCGUUUAGCAAAGCAAAUAAUUAUGAAUUCCAUAUCAUAUGUUACUCAGUUUCCUCAGUAUCCCAUGUGUUAUCAGAAUUAUGGAAUUAUAAUAAUUAGGUGAAGUUCUCCAGCUCAUGAGAUGGAUUACUGUUAGAAUCUCAUAGUUAUGAGUCACAAUUCUGAGAUAUGGAAGCUCUAAACGUGAAUGCACAGAAUGAAUAAUAUGUGAGAACGUGAUGAAGGCAAACUCAGUAGCUCUUACCUGAAGUUGUUCUCAAUGACUGAAUUACUGUUGCCUUUUCUCUUUUCCUUACACGUUUGUGAACGGUUUGUCUGCUGAGGGGUUCAUGGUUGAUGAACGAUUGCCAAAUAAUCACUGAAGCACAUUAUUGUAUGAUAAAGCCAAGGGAAACGUAAAGCCAUUAUCAAUAUGUGACUGACCACAUGACAAAGAGACGGCUGGUGGAUGUGAAAGCUCACAGCAGAGGAAGUUGUCAAACGUGUGCUAUUCAGUAUCUCUGCCGUGUAUAUAUAAAAUGCAUUAGGUUUGACCCUUUAUUCUAUUGGACCUGCUCAUUUUGUGUUCAUUUUCCACAUCUUUAAAGAUGAUGUCAAGCCAGAAUGGAUUUGUUUCUUUUUUUGAUGAUGUUUUAGAAAUGCAGGGAAACGUUAAAAUGUGUUUACAAGACGCCACCAGUACGUAAGCAGAGAGCGGCUUUGUUCGCAAAAUGUUUUUGUCAUGAAAAUUGGAUGUUUAUUCCGUUAUCUCGGGAAAAUGAGGUGUCUGAUGAUUUGAAAACAAGCUUGUUUUCUCAUGAGAAUUUGAGAUUUAUUCCUUUAAGAAAGCCAGAUCUUUGUUCAGCUCUCUUGAGGAAAACAAAACCUUUUGGCGGCUCGUUUCUUGAGAAAACGAGAUGUUUAUCGCGUUAUCUUCAGACAAAAAAAAGUAACUUUAUUAUAAAUCUUGAGAUCUUUAAAUAAUCAAAAUGGAAAAAAUAAUUUGUCCGCUCUCAUCUUCCAUACAUGAGUGUAAUUACUAACAUUUUAUUUUCUCGUGAUCACUGACUCAUUUUUGAUAAGUUUAGUUUCCUCAUCAUCAGAAAAUGAUUUCAUGUCUGCAUAACUCAAAUCGUCUAACCAUCAUUGGCUAAAAGCAUUAGGGAAUCACUGCCUGGUGUCUGGUAUUUCGAGGGGAUUAGCAUCGUGCACCGUCAUGCAGAAACCGUUUGGGUUAUUCACAAAAACAAUGAUUCAGCAAUCAUUGGAAGUCAAAUCGAAGGCCUCUCUUGAGGUCUGCAGUGAUGACUAGAAUUGUUCUUGUGACAAUGUAGUGCAAACUGAUGAGUCAGUGUCCAGUAUGUCAGUGAAGCAUUAUCUAGAUUUGGUGAUUUUGUAACUGUAAUUUGGAGUUGCUGACGUCGGUAAUUCUAAAGUGAGCUGUUCUGUCCUUGAAACAGAUUGUGUUGAAGAUGGAUUUGUGUUUGCGGUGUCUGAUGAGCAGAAUGACGGGAGGAGACACUUGCCGUGUGCCAACUCAACAUUGUACCAAUGCACUUUAAAAAAGAUAUUUUUACUUGCAGAGAAUAAAUAAUAAAUAAAAGAACCAAAUUGAUCUCGCUGGUGUUUGAGUCAAUCGAUGUUGUCUAAUCGUUAUGUGUAUUUCAUAGGAGCGAGCUGCACUGCAGUUACGGUGUAAUACCGUCAUUCCGCAUGUAGGGAGCACUCACUGAUCAAAGCUGGAGCCGGGUUUAGCCAGCGGUUCAGUCCGUGUGGGUCCCUCAGAGCCGGCUGCCCCAUCUGCACAUCACAUUUCUCACAGCUCCGCCUUCGCCUCGGGGAUGCACAACAAGUUCGGCUUGGCUUCUGCACCACGUAUUUGUAAAAGGUGAAAUCAUUUUAUUUUUUUUUUGUUUUUUUUUAUUUUUAAAAAUCAGAUGGCAAAAUGCACGCUGAUAAAAUUCCUGCCCGUGUUAAACAGUGCUUUGGCAAGAAAAGUCUUUUUUUCCAAACUUACCUCAGUGAUUGUUCCAAUACCCGUUGUAGAUUAAGUCCUUAAGCUUGAGCACACUGACCACAAAUCAGCCAUUUUUCACAACAUUAUUGUUUUACGCCUUUGGAUUCCAGUAAACCUUGUAAACUUUUUUUGGUUUUCCAUUUGCAGAAAUUGUGGAUAUUAUCAGGUUCUUUUUGCGGUAAUGCCUCAGUUAAGGUUUCAAGCGAGAAGGUGGAGUUGAAACCCUUCAGACCACUGAUUGGUCAGAGAGAAUUGUCACUAGAAUCACUAAAACUGAUACCAAACGUGAAUCGAGUUGAGCCGAGCUGUACAAUGCAGUAGAAAUUCAGUAAAAACAUUGUAUGCAAUGCCAUACGCAGUGACAGACUCGGGCUGUGGAGCACCAGCGCACAGAAAGUUUUCUACAGCAGCCUCUAUAACACUGCAUCUCCUCUCCACGGGAAGGGCUUUUGUCAUUUUUGUCAUGUUUAUACAUGGAGAGCCCUCUGGUUGCCCCACCCAGAGGGUUCAUCACGUUUUCUCCACUGGAGGGGCGCCUCAUUACAUUUUCUCCACUGGAGGGGCACCCUAGAUGACACAUUAUGCCCAUAGGGCAUUAGGGCACUUUUGCUGCAUUUCUUUUAAACAUCAUGGGGGGCGGGCCUUUAGUUCUGUUCCCACCAAAACUGACUAGAAACUUGAAACUAGAGAGCACUGUUUUUCACCCUGGUGUUAAGUUACUUUUUAAUUAAAAGAAUAAAAUGCACUUAAAGUAUAAAAAGGAGAAGUACUCUGAAUGGUUACUCGGUUAUAUUUGUAUAUUAAACUAUUGGAAUGAUGUCACUGAUGCAUUUAUGUUAGCAGCAUGCUGUAUUCUUGUGGGCCCAUGUUCUGCUGGUAAAUCUUAAUCUGCAGUCAUUUCUGUAGUGCAGUAUAAAGUACAAUAUUUGUCUCUACAAUGUAGAGGAGUAGAGGUACAACUAAUGAAUGUUGCAUUGUGGGAAGUGUAGGAUCCAGGAUUUUUGAAGGAUUCUUGACACGACUUAGGAACUAAAGGUCAUGGCUCAGGCCCUGCUGCAGAAUGAAAUCAAGAAUGAGGUGCAAGUCCUUGUCAGCUUUAUGGAUGAGAGGAAGGUUACAAAAAACCCACUAAAGGAAUACAAACGCAGCAGAAAGAUCUUCACAUCGACUGUACUGCAGUCCAAACACUUUCAACCGCUGGAAAUACACACCGAUCCCUCAGUACUACAGUUUCCAUGUACACCGCCGCGUGUUGCAGCGAAGCAAGGCUCGCCAUGCCUCACCUCUGCGCUGAUUUGGUUUCCAGAGCGUCAGCGAGUGCUUUUCAUCUUAGUCAUCCGCCGUAACUCUGCCAAUACACCCACAACAAAGCCGACGCACACAGCAACACAUCAGUCAGGGUGCAUGGGAGUCCAAACACUGCGAAGCCACACGCAGACUAAACACCACACACACACACACAGUAAACACGUUCCUCAGCCAUCCCCUGCAGCUCACAGACACACAAACAGCUCGGCCUGCGUACUCUGGAUGAAUCAUUUAGAAUACAGUAUUUCAAUUAAAAUCUAUUAUUUCCAAUGUGGGAAUGUACUCCCAUUUCAAGAUGGCACGGAUCACAGUAAACAAUGCCAAGGCUGCCAUCGACAGAAUACACAUAUAGUCAAACAAGAUUUGCCUGAUGCACUGGGGGGAGGGGACUAUGCCUAACGAGCGACUUACAUUGCAGCCCGGCUGCAGAGCUCUCCCUCAAUAGUGCACCUAUUUAAAUAAAAAAAAAUAAAAAUAAAAAAAAAAAAAAGUUUCCCUCAUAAGCUACUUAAAGCAUGGUUGAAAACAAAAUACCGAAGUUACUCUUUCAUAUUUUGUAACAUAGUCAAGUUUCUUUAAGAAAGGGCUUUGAGACUUUUCUUGAUGUGUGCCAUAACAUUUUCCACCCGUUUACCGUCGCCCCAAUGAGUGCAGUGGUGGUUUGGCAGAGUUCCACUGGAUCAACCCUUUGCCAAUAAUGACAGGAAGCCUGAGGCCCUAGACUGUGCACCUGAGAGUGCAACAUACCUUUUAGGAGCCAAAUGCAAUUCCUGCUCAGUCUGGUUGUAUCUCAUUAUCAUAAAUAUUGUUUUAAAAUAAUGUUUCAUAGAUUGCAGACCAGAAUGGCACAAAAGUUGCAGCCCAGCAGACCGCGUUCAUUCAUGAGCUAGUAGGCUUACCCAGAUGCUCAAGGCUGGAUUAUUCGAAUUAUUGCCCCAGGGGCCACAGAUCCCCAUCUGCCUCAACAUCCACGUUCUCUGUGUGUCACUUGGUUCUUGGUAUUUGGUUUGUUUUUGUGGAACAUGCAGGUUUGAAGUACAAUAUCAACUGAAGGUGUAUAGGGGCAUUAAGGUCCUUGACCUUGUGGCCCUGUGUUGGAGGAGCCUCAUGUCAAAUCUACUUUUAAGGGCUAAUAUUCAUUUGAGCCUCUGGUAACGGGACGGGCAGGUGAAGCCAACUUCUUGGGUCAUUUCACAGCUCAGUUAGUCUCCGCCCACACAUAGAUGCUGUCAGCUUUGAGCGCCUCAUUGGAUGCAAACCACGGACUGUGAAUGUGAUUCUCCCAUAUUCUUCACGAAUCUAAACAUCUGUGUCUUUUGACUCCCAGCACUGAUGCUGUGUGUGUUUGGUAAAGAUUGUUAUCUGCUUAGAAAGUGUUGUUUCCCAGAGUUUCAGGGUGUUUUUUUUAUUGGGCACUUUAUACGAGUCAUGCCUCACAAUAAUCAAGGAGCUUGAGACACAAACAAAGAGCCAUCUGCAGAGAGCUGAUUGCUUCCUGAUCUGAAGAUCAAGGAGGAGUUAAUUGGCUGGAGACAAACACACUUAGAGGUGUGUGUGUGUGUGUGUGUGUGUGUGUGUGUGUGUGUGUGUGUGUGCAGGAGGUUGUAGGCAUCCAACACCUGUGUUGUAAUUUACAUACCGUCAGAUUGUAUGAAAUGUCAAACUCGACAACUUUGAGCCGAUUGCCUGCAUACUUCGCUGCUUGUUUUUUAAAUUUAAAUAAAGUGUUUUGCGGCACCUGCACUCUACUGAGUGCACCUCUCUAGUUGCCCAACGUUUUUUCCUUUUAAAUAACUGGAAUACAAAAAUCCUAAUAUUCUUUUCAAAAGCACUGGGAGCAUCUUUCUCAUUGGAAACCAGACUUCCUGAAAAAUCGGCCAUUUGGACGAUAGUGCCAAUAUGUAGGGUGCACAUGAAUUAGUCCUCACGUGUGCACCCACACUGACAGCUCACCAGCGCACCCACAUUCACACAGCAGGGGGGCGUUUAAGGUUCAGGGAAAACAAAAGUUUUAAGAGGAAAACGUGGGAGCCAUUAAGUGUGAAAACUGUGAGAAAACACAUUUUGGGCAUCAGAAGGCGUGUUUCAGGCUGCCUCGUCUCCGGGCCGCGUUCAAUGAGGUUCAGUAAUGUGAAUACUGCACUUCACGUUUCCAAAGCACUACAGGGCGUUAUUUUUCAAUGGUUUGGUCGCAGCAGGUGCGCAUCUCCAAUCAACAAAUCCGGGACCUCUACCGCUGCCAAGUCGAACUUGUCUCAACUUUUCAACGUGAACGUAUCUCCUUUCAAACGGUCACCAUUACAACUCUGUGCCUUUUUCUCUUGAUGGGGUGGGACACAAUUUCGGGCAGUGGUGGAGGAAGUACUCCUAAGGUAAAAGUAACAAUACCACAGUUGAGAGAUUACUUCAAGUAAAAAUCCUGCAUUUAAAAAUACACAUUCGUAAAAGUAUUCUUUAUACAGGAUAGUCCAUUUCAGAACGUUAAGUUAAGGAGCCAUCAAGGUCCCUGUGAAGGACCAGGGUACGCAUAAAGCCGGGAGAGCGAGCAAAGGUGAAGAAAUACGGAUACUUUACAAGAAUUAAGAUGGGUAACAAAAUGAAGCAGAAGUGACUAAUUAAAAUAGCUAUAUAAACUUCACAUAAUUGCUCUGGAGUCUAAGCACAACUUAACUAAACAGAACUUAAUUUAAAACAAUGUAGUAAGUGCUCUUCUGACCAAGAUCUCCUAAAGGCAUGAAUAUAUAUACUAUGCUGGCCAGUCCAUAGUUGAUUGCAGGGGAGAGAAGACAUUCCUCUUCUUCAAACAGUGUGGUGCAGAUGUAGGGGCUCCUGAGAACACCCCUCUGGCUGUAGUAGAAUGGCACAGUCCAAUUUCUACUUGUAUAUCUCUAUCUGUAGCUGUCCUGUUCACCACUAUGUUAUGAAUGUGUAUAGUUUUGCAUCGUAUUACAAAUACUACAAAUACUUUAGUUUAAUUUUGUGCACUUGGAAUCACUCUGCAAAAAAGAGCAAACAAAUAAAUGUGAGAAGAGUUUUGAAAAAUAGUCAAUUUUAGAGAAGUGUGAGACACAAAAUGACCAUAAAGAGACACACAACCACAGAGAGAUGUGUAACGAGGACAAGGAGAGAGGACAACCAAAAGAGGCCAAACAGCUUAACAGUCUGUGCAUCUUGCUGCUAUGAAGGACUGUUAAAAACAGUUUUCAGUUAGGUGUGUAAAAAUGUCGCAUGUUCACACUGGAAAAAUACAAUAUUUCUGCCUGCAGAAUAAAAUAAAACCUUUUUUGCAUGCGAUAUCAAUGUUGAAAAGCAUUCCUCCAGUAUUAGAGCUGUACUGGUGUGUUAUUCGCUAUAGUUAGUAGUUCUUUUUUAGGAUUAAAAGCACUGUUACGUCCCCUUUUCUAUUACUCUAGAGCACAUGU